AUGGAGGAAUCUGAACGAGUUGUGGUUUUUCGAUCUGCAAGUGAUUUGUCUCAUAGUGAUUAUAUGGGUGUUGGUGAAUUUGAAGUGUCGAAAAAUCUUGACUCGAGUGGUUUGGAUAAGUUGAAAGUUCGCCGUCGCCUUCAGACGACCACCGCGCACGACCCUCUUGUUCCGCGACACUCCACCGACCACGUCACUCAACCACCACACCCGACCACCGCGCGCGACCGUCCUGUUCCCGAUGACAACCGCCGCCGCCGCCCUACCAAAACAAUCCGGCUAGUCACGCUGAACGACCGUCGACCGCCGCCUUCUCUGUCCAGGUUCACGACUGUUGACCACCGUACGCCGUGA